AUGUGGUUCGAGAUUGUCCCUGGACUCGCUGUCAUGGGGGUGUGUUUGCUCAUCCCCGGAGUGGCCACUGCGAAUAUCCACAAGUUCACUAAUGGGGGCAAGGAAAAGAGGGUUGCCCAUUAUUCAUAUCAGUGGAAUUUGAUGGAAAGAGAUAAGCGGAUCUCCGGGGUGAAUCGUUACUAUGUAUCAAAGGGUUUGGAGAAUAUUGACUGACUCACGGAACCAUUUUCCUGAUGGAUGAAAAAAAAAUAACUCAGUUAUGAGCACCUACCCCUGCUGAAAGUUUAUACUGUGGUAUAUUAUGUAGCAUGCAGUGUAUUAUAAGGUGCUUAAUAAAAAUAAAAUGAA